UUCCUGUGUUUUCAUCAGGAUUGUGAAGACGUUGAAGAAGAUAAUAAACCUGGAAAAAUGACCACAUCUGAACCCAGUGAACACCUCCUGGCCCUCAAGGUAAUGAGGCUAACUCGACCAACUCUAGUCAAUCCCAGGAUCGUAACUUCCGAAGCAAAGGAUCUCACACAGAAUUGCUUGAGUAAACUCCUCCAGGAGGAUGUAACAACAGCCCGUGGGAUGGAAACAAUAGCCGGGGGUUCCUUUAUGCUACUUCCACAGAGUUUUGGCAAUAUCUACCUUGGGGAAUCCUUCUCCAGCUACAUCUGUGUCCACAAUUGCACCAAGCAUCCCGUACACAAUGUCACUGUGAAGGCAGAUCUGCAAUCCACCACAUCACGCAUUAAUCUUCCCAUGCACGUAGGGAAGGAACUCCCAGCAACACUCAAUCCGGAAGAUACCCUAGAUGACGUCAUUCAUCAUGAAGUUGUGGAGAUUGGGACGCAUAUUCUUGUGUGUGAAGUUCAGUACACAACCCCGGCGGGUCUACCGUCGUCCUUUAGGAAGUUCUUCAAAUUCCAGGUGGUUAAACCGCUGGAUGUGAAGACAAAGUUCUACAAUGCAGAAACUGAUGAAGUUUAUCUGGAGGCGCAAAUCCAGAAUAUUACUGCGGGGACAAUAUGCCUGGAAAAGGUGGAACUGGAGAGUUCGGAUAAGUACACCGUGACGGAGCUGAAUACCCUUCCGUCCGGGGAAUCUGUCUUUCCGGCCAUGAAGAUGCUGCAGCCACUCAAUAGCUGCCAAUUUCUCUACUGCAUCAAACCCAUUCCGGCUGUGGCGAAUGAUCCCAAUGCCCUGAGGAUUGCCAAUGAUAUCGGGAAGCUGGAUAUUGUGUGGCGAUCGAAUUUAGGGGAACGUGGACGCCUCCAGACGAGCCAGUUGCAGAGAAGCCCAAUUGACUUUAAGGAUCUCCGGCUGAGUGUCAUUGAGGCGGAAAGUAUCGUUCGGAUUGGGGCUGCGUUCAAUUUUAAAUGCCGCAUUACCAAUACCAGUGAUCAGUCAAUGGACCUGGCUCUUGGAUUGAUGGCGAAGGCCAGGACGGGAUGCACCUACACUGGAUCCACGGAAUACACGCUGGGAACGAUUGCUUCUGGAGCCUUCCGGGAUUGCAGUUUAACUGUUUUUCCCGUUCAACUGGGUUUGAUCACGAUUACGGAUCUCCAGCUGACGGAUACAUUCCUCAAGAAGACCUACAAAUUCGAAGAUUUCCUUCAAGUCUUUGUGGUAGAUACCACGUAUGAUCUGCACAGCUUCAAUAUAGAUGAGAAUGUUCAAUAUUACGAUUAAAAUAUAUUCAGUUUAUUUAAAAAAUUUAAA